AUGGACUACGUUCAGGCGGAGGGCGUGCUGGUGUUUCCUCCGCAGAUCAAGGAACAAGAGAUCCAGGUAGACAUUGUGGAUGAUGCGCAGUGGGAGGAAGAUGAGGAGUUUUAUGUGAUCCUGUCCUCACCUGAAGGCUGUGGCAUCGGCGAUGCCAGCAGAGUGAGGAUCGUGAUCAUCGACGACGAUGGUCCUGGCGUGGCAGCCUUCGAGCAGGAUGUCUAUGAGAUUCAGGAGGAGCCUACCGAUCAGGUCCUUCAGGUCUGUGUCAAGCGGACGGGCGGCUCUGCUGGGACCGUGAGCUGCAAGUUCACGACCGAGGCUGGGAGUGCCACUCAAGAAUACGACUAUCUCCACACCGAGGGCAUCCUGACCUUCGAGGAGAGCGUGACCAGCAAAGAGAUCCCUGUGACGAUCAAGUCCAAGGGCCGGAUCAACAAGGAGGAGUUCCGCUUGAUCUUGAGCGAACCGGAGAAUGGGCUGGUCUUCGAUGCCCAGCGAGACGGCGGACCAGACCAAAGCAUCGCCACGAUUGUGGUACUACCCAAUGAGAUGGCCAAAAGCCGGCUCGACCGGGUGACCAGCCUUUUGCGGAUCAAUCGAGAUCGUGCAGCGCUGGGGGCGGCCAACUGGAAGGAGCAACUCUGGAACGCCAUCCUAGUGAAUGGCGGCGAUGAAGAGGCAUCGACGUUUCUGCCGGGCCCUGAGGUCAUCUCCGUCUUUUGGAAGGUGAUCUUCGCAUUGAUCCCACCGCCGGACUAUUGCGGUGGCUGGGCAUGUUUCUUUUGCUCCCUCGGAAUGAUAGGUUUAGUCACCGCCCUGGUCGCGGAUCUUGCAGGUCUUCUGGGCUGCGUGGUCGGCAUGGGCGACGCGAUCACGGCCAUCACGCUGGUGGCUCUGGGGACGUCGCUCCCUGACACCUUCGCAUCCAAGACCGCGGCGCAGCAGGACCCCUAUGCAGAUGCCUCCAUCGGGAAUAUCACUGGGAGCAACUCAGUGAAUGUCUUCCUGGGCCUGGGCCUGCCUUGGUCCAUCGGUGCCAUCUACUGGGCGGCGGUUGGUCAGACCAACGAGUGGCGGGAAAAGUACGCCAAGGAGGCACGUCUGGACGUGCGUGGCGCGCGAAGCGGUGAAGGCGAGACAAGGAUGAACCUCUACCAGAGCCCCCAGGGACCCUUUUGCCGAAUCUCCUUUGCAAGCCAUGUGUGCUUGACUACGCUACGGCGCUUGAAGGAAAAGCUGGCUUGGUGCGCAGCUUUGUCAGAGGUUUCGAUGGCAACGAUGAUGGAGAAGAAGGAGCAAGUGGCCACGUGGAACGGUGACCCUACCACGUGGCUGGAAUACGUGAAACGGGUUCGCUUGCAGUUUGAGCGAACAGAGAAGAAGAGGAGGUGCUUGUUGGGUGCAGAGCUUGCUUCGAGGCUCACGGGCCGAGCAUGGGACAUCGUCAGCGCUGAGGUCGAUCACUCUCAGUUGCAGAAGCGUGAUGGUGCUGCAUAUUUGCUUCGUUUUCUGGAAGAGCGUUUGUGCAAGGCACCUGUCCCGGAUACAGGCCAGAGGCUGGAAGACUUCUUUCUUCGCCUGAGGCGAACACCUGGUUCGUCCAUGGCAGAGUGGGCAACCCAGGUGAGAGAAAGUUACCGUCGACUUCAGCGAGCUAUGGCACGACAGCGAAAAGACUUGGCAGACCGUGAUGGUCAGUUGAGAGAGCGUGCAAUGUCUUCGACUCACUCCAACCCAGGUCAUCGUCGACAGUCGGAUGUCACUACACCCAAAGCCCCUACAGCUUCAGUUGAGAGCGCAAGUCCUGGAUUUCCGGCCACCGAUUCUGGAAACGGCCAGACCGACAGGCCUGAUGAUCCAAGGGAGACAGAUGAGCCCGACCGAGGUGCCUAUGAGCGUGUGCCCACACAAGACCCUGGCUCCGAUGCAGGCAAUGAUUGGUGGACCCAGGAGGAGUGGGACACGUGGCGGCGCAGAAACCGCCAUUGGCGUCGAGACGAUGCCAUGUCAUGGACAGCUUGGGAGGAGGAUGAAGAGGAGGAUCCGGUGAUUGAGUGGGAACAAUUUGAUUUGGGCUCCGAGCGCAUUUUACCGGAUGAGAUCCUUGGUUGGAUCCUUUUGCGCAGGAGCGGCCUUCCAGCAAAUGCUGGGUUGUCAGUGUUGAGCGCUACAAACAACAGGUUGGACCUUGCAUCUAUGGAGCGUGCUAUGCGUGACCAGGAGGAGGAGUUGUUGGCCGCCGAGGCCCAUCGCAGUCGCGGUGAUUUGCCCCGACCUCGUCGAUCGUUUUGGGUUGAAGAGGAUGCACAUUGGGGCUUGUUGUCAGAAGUUGACAUUGAAGAUGUUGAUGACAAUGUGUUUUGGGUUGGCGAACGACUUCCCCCUGAUGUUUACAGUGCUCCUGUUGAUGAGAGCAGUGCCUGGUCGACUUGGCUCCCUGAUGGCCAAGAGCUAAGCUGGGAAUGGCAUGAGGAUGAUUUCUAUGCCUCCGAUGCUGCAGGAAUCUUUUGGUCCUGGUCAGAGACCAAGACUUGGUUGGAUAUGUGCGAUGCCCCGACCUCAGAUGGAGAUCCCCUGCAAGAGGCCUAUGCGGCCUUUCAAGAUCGUUUUCGAACAUUCAAAGAGAGCCGAGCACUCAAUUCAGCAAAACAUUUGUCCAGAGGUUUUUACCCCCUUGGUCAAAUGAAGGGUAAGUUCAUGCAAGCCAAAGGAAAAGGGAAGGGAAAGUCUAAGACCAAGAAUCCCCCCAACAGUUCUUUGGCCACCAGCACGGCUGCACUCUAUGCUGGAGGGGCGAAAGGAGCUCCAUCAGGGCAGAAGCCUGGCAGUCCGACCUACAAAGGUUGCUUUGUUUGUGGUUCUCAGGACCACGACUUUAGGCGCUGCCCCAAGAGACAGAGUUCUUCCAGCACAGGAGCUCCGGCCCGAUCUCUCUAUGCUGCAGCGGUGUUCAUGGUCAGUUCUGAGCAAGCUGACGAGAUUGCUGAUGUGACCUUUCCCACCGGAGAUGUUCUUGCGACUUUGGCUGCCCAAUUUCCUGGCCACGCAGUGCUGGAUUCCGGCGCGACGGAAUCGAUCGCUAGCUUGGAGGCAAUGCAUGAGGUCAUGGAGUUGCGAGCCUCGAUCCACGGUCCUGAGCAUUUUGUAGUGCAUGCUCAACAGAAACGUUUCCGUUUUGGAAACGGGAGCAUCCAGCACGCAGUGUCUUUUGUAGAGCUUCCCCAGAUAGUGGCAGGCAAGCAUGUGAAGCUGGGCGUUCACGCCCUGGAUGCACCGGGCAUUCCUUUGUUGCUGUCAGUCAAGACACUGACGACCCUCCGUGCUGUGAUAGAUUUUGCUGAAGGCCUGAUCUGUUUCAAGGAGGUAGAUCCUUCAGUUUGGAUCAAGCUGAAACGAGCAUCCAACGGCCAUUUACUUUUGGACCUCACCAAAGACUGGCUUUCUGACCGGCCAGAUUCAUGUCUCACGGUGCACGACUUGCACGACCCUGAGCUCAAGCAUGCGGUGCGCUUUGCCAUUUGUGGUAGCUGCUACCGUGCUUUCUUCGACAACCUCUCCUCCAAGCUCUUCGACUCCAAGCUCGCUUUGGCCACGACUCCGGUUCCAAAGACGACAACGAAGAAGAAGGGCACCAGGGUGCCGACACCGGAGAAGUACGACAUGAGCCGCAGGGAAGGUCCCGACGGCCGGGACAGCCGGGCACAAGGAUUUCCUUGCUAUGGAAACCACACUCCGAUGCCCGAGGGGCGUGGGAGCCUGUCAGGCAGAAAUGGCCAUGGCAAAUGGACAGUGUGCACUCUAUGUCGGCUCCGGAUCGAGUACGUGCCGGCGUACGGUGCAAAAGGGUGUUAUCGCCAGCCCGGACCCCUUGCUCCAGAUGUGACGACCGUCAUGGAGCAGGUGAAGGACGACAUCAAGGACAAACCAGAAGUCCGGGAGAACCUGAACAUGAAGAUGGCGAGCACUCUUGGAGCAGAAGCUUCCCUUCGAAAGAAGCUGGAAGUCCUCGAGAACGACAAGCACGAGCUCGACCGGAAGCGGUCAAGCAGGAACAGGACGUAG